AUGGUGACCUCGCCGCCGGUGACGGUGAGGGCGGUCGCCUGCGCUCUCACCCUGACCCCGUCAUCACGGCUCAGCCGCGCCUCCUUUCGCGCCUGCCUCGCACAGCGCCGCCGCCGCCGUUGGCCCCGUCGAUGUAGCGGGAAGCAAGCCGUGGUUGAGGAGGAAGCAGCUUCUUCGCGGGAGGCCAAGAACGGGGAAGGGGACGAGGGGCGCGGGGCGAAGGGCUGGUUUUCUCUGGAUACGAUCGGGCUGGACAUUCUCAGCAUCGCUCUGCCCGCCGCGCUCGCGCUCGCCGCCGACCCCAUCGCGGCCCUCGUCGACACCGCCUUCGUCGGUCACUUAGGUUCGGCCGAACUUGCUGCUGUUGGUGUAUCAAUUUCAGUGUUCAAUUUGGUGUCAAAGCUGUUUAAUGUGCCCUUGCUUAACGUGACCACAUCCUUUGUUGCUGAGCAGCAAGCAACGGAUGAUGGUUAUACUGGGACAAGAGAAGGAUACGACUUUCCAAGGUCUCCUGAAGAGUUGACCCCGAAAAGGAAGUUUCUUCCAGCAGUAUCAACAUCGUUGGCUUUAGCUGCUGGUAUUGGGCUGAUGGAAACUGUGGCACUGAUUUUUGGAUCAGGAACACUAAUGGACAUGAUUGGCGUACCUAUUGAUUCCCCAAUGCGAAUACCAGCUGAGCAAUUUCUUACAUUUAGGGCAUAUGGUGCUCCACCUAUCGUGAUAGCACUUGCUGCGCAGGGUGCAUUUCGUGGGCUCAUGGAUACGAAGACACCUUUAUAUGCUGUGGGUGUUGGCAACCUGGUAAACGUCAUACUUGACGCAAUACUUGUUUUUCCACUUGGUUUAGGAGUUAGAGGUGCUGCCUUGGCAACAGUGACAUCAGAGUAUGUGAUUGCUUGCAUCCUCCUCUGGAAGCUGAAUAGUAAAGUAGUAAUCUUUUCCCGAAAUGUAAUUGGUGGUGGAAUCAUACGUUAUCUAAAAUCAGGUGGACUUCUGAUUGGCAGGACUAUUGCAGUACUCCUGACCAUGACACUGUCGACAUCGCUGGCUGCAAGAGAAGGGCCUGUUCCAAUGGCCGGCCAUCAGUUGUGCUUGCAAGUGUGGCUGACAAUUUCUCUGCUCAAUGAUGCGCUAGCUCUUGCUGGGCAGGCUCUACUUGCGAGUGAAUAUGCAAAAGGGAAUUACAAGCAGGCUCGUUUGGUUUUAUACAGAGUUCUGCAGAUUGGAGGUGUAACUGGAAUUGCACUGGCUGUGUCUCUGUUCUUUGGGUUUGGAUCUUUCUCUGUGCUGUUCACAAAUGAUCCGGCAGUUUUAGACAUUGCCAAAUCUGGAGUCUGGUUUGUCACUGUUUCUCAGCCAAUAAAUGCUAUUGCGUUCGUGAUCGACGGGCUGUACUAUGGCGUGUCUGACUUUGCCUAUGCUGCAUACUCUAUGUUCUUUGUUGGGGCUGUUUCAUCCGCAUUCCUUCUUGCCGCUGCUCCUAAGCUUGGUCUUGGUGGUGUUUGGUCUGGUCUAGUUAGGGAGCAAAGGUGGACCAUGGAAGCACAUCUGCCAACUUUUGCUGUAAAUGUGGAAGAGACUAAUUGGUCUGAGGCUCGUGGAUGUACUCUGCUUAUACUCUAUCUUCAAUGGCGGAUUAGGAAAGGGCCCACUUGGCUGGAGAGGCCAAAGCCCAUAGAUCUCCCAGGGCCCACUGUCCAGCGAGCCCAAAAGGCAGGCCCGCAUCGAAUUCAAUCCAACCAAUCACACUCCGACCACUGUGACCACCUCGCCGACGCCGCCACGCCGGCGAGGCCUGCAGCCGCCGCGCACGCCCGAGACCCGUCCACGGGGCCCAACCGUAUCUCCUUAACCUCCUGCCGCUGCCACCGCCGCCGCUCUACUCCGCCUCGGUGGAGGAGUCUCCCACGAUGCAGUCGCGGUGGUGGGAAGCCGGUCAUCACAGACGUCGUCGACGAGGUGACACCCGAUGAGGGGACAGAGACUGAGAUUAAGGGUGGCGAAGAGACGGAGGCCGUCGCUGGGCGCGGGGCGCCUUGGUGGCUCAGGCUUGACGGGGUUGCGGCUGACAUCCUCGCCAUCGCCGCGCCCGCCGUGCUCGCGCUUGCCACGGACCCCAUCACGGCGCUCGUCGACACCGCCUUCGUCGGAAAUAUCGGUUCGGCUCAGCUUGCGGCUGUUGGUGCAUCGACUUCCAUAUUCAAUUUGGUAUCCAAGCUGUUUAAUGUGCCGCUACUUAAUGUCACCACAUCCUUUGUUGCCGAGCAGCAGGCAGUGGAUGCCAAUUCUAACACCGAAGGGGAAAGAUUCACCAAUGUGAGCACCAGCAGAACAGUUUCUUACACUGAGGGCACUUGGUGCUCCACCAAUCAUAGUGGCACUUGCAGCUCAGGGUGCAUUUCGUGGAUUCCUGGACACGAGGACACCAUUGUAUGCUGUGGGUACUUGACAGCAUUCAUCCUCCUUUGGAAGCUGAAUAAUGAAGUAGAUCUGUUCUCAUGGAAUAUAAUUGAGGAUGGAGGAGUCAUCCGCUACCUGAAAUCUGGUUGGUCAAUAUCCCUCAUGCUCAUCCAAGGAUUUUUUCGUCUGAUGGUUGGAGGUGUGACUGGUUUUGCCCUUGCUGCUUUCUUGUUUGUUGGGUUUGGAUCUUUGUCUUUGCUGUUUACAGAUGAUCCAGCAGUUUUAGACGUUGCGCGUUCUGGAGUCUGGUUUGUCACUAUUUCUCAGCCGGUGAAUGCUAUUGCAUUUGUGGCUGAUGGGCUCUACUAUGGUGUUUCUGACUUUGCCUAUGCUGCAUAUUCCACGGUUAGGGAGCAAAUGUGGACCUUGGGAGGUUAUCUGGCAGUGAAGAAAUGUCCAUUCUUUAGGUGGUUGGAAGAGUACAAGAAAGUAGUCGCAAAGAAGCUUAAAGAAGAUUUGCUAGCUGCAGUGCCAUUAGAAGGUCAUUGUGAAACUAAAUGUCAAGAAGAAAUGAAGCUUAAAAGUAGGAUUUUUUAUGAAGAUAGGAUCUAUCUCAAGAUGGACAAGCUUAUCGAUCUGGUCCAGCUAUUGGUGGUGCUCUGUUUAGUCAUGGCUGUCAUAGUUCUUUUAGGUGUGGUAGUGCUUAUUAGCAAGUGA